CACAAGUCUUCAUCCUUAAGGGAAUCUUCCAGAAGACCACGGAGGAGGCUGGUGCCCUGGUGUGUACAGAGGAUGAGGCCUGGGCUGAGCAGGAACCACUGCAAGUGAAGAGUGAGGGGACCAAGUUGACUCCCAAUAGAUAUGGCCACUGGAUGGAUGCUGGGAAGGGGCCAAGCUGGUACCAUGAGAGGAAUUUGGGCUAGGAGAAGAGUUCGGGGGAUGAAAGCCAAAGAUCCUGCCAAUUCUUCCAAACAUCUCUAAAAGAAGCCAUGGGAGCCUGUCACUUUCAGGGUCUGCUGCUCCUCUUUCUUGUAGGAGCUCCGACCUUGAUCAUGGCACAGAAAUUGUUUUGUCAAAAGGGUACUUUUGUGGGUAUCCAAGAGAAUCCAGCAAACAUGUUCAACUGGACCUCAAAGAAAGUUGAGACUUGUGACAAUGGGGCAUUGUGCCAGGAAACCAUCCUGCUGAUCAGAGCUGCAGGGACCAAGGCAGCUAUUUUGGCCACUAAGAGCUGCAGCUUUGAUGGGACACCGGCAAUAACGUUUAUCCAGCACGCAGCAGCCCCAGGCCUAGUUGCAAUCUCUUACAGUAACUACUGCGAGGAUCCCUUUUGCAAUAACAGAGAGGGAUUAGAUGAUAUAUGGAGGACACAAGAGACUGAAGAAGAAACCAAAGGGACAACAGGCCUCCGCUGCCCCACCUGUCUGGCUCUGGGAUCCUGUUUAAGUGCUCCUUCUCUUGCCUGCCCCAACGAUACAGAUCGAUGCUAUCAAGGGAAACUUGAGGUCUCUGAAGGAAACAUAAACUCAGUUUUGGAGAUCAAAGGCUGUACAUCCAUCAUUGGUUGCAGGCUGAUGGCUGGGGUCUUUAAAGUAGGACCCCUGUGGGUGAAGGAAACUUGCCCCUUCAGGUCCAUCUCGGCCCGAAAGGUUGACAGUGGGGCCACGUGGUUUCACACUUCAGUUUGGAAGUUAAAGCUAUUGCUGAUGAUGUUACUGCUUGUCCUUGGAGGGAGUGCUUCUGGUCCCUAAUCACCUCUUCAGACUGGUCAUCAGCAGCUUGAGGAGCAGGUGGAGAUUUGAAGAGCAGUUCCUGUGAAUGUAUUUGACAUUUCUAAUAAAGUUUCUGCUGUAAUUUGUGUAUGCC